AGCGGAGGGGCCAUGGGGCUGCUCUGGGCUCUGCCCCACGGUGGGGCUGGCCAGCUGCCCCAGCACUAAGACGCCGGGGACGUGGGGCCGGGCGUCCAGCUGCACCGCCAGACCCACGCUUCGGCAUUGUCUCGGAGACAUCAGAGAAGAAGAACAAAAAAGUGGCUGAAAAAUGUAGCAGCACUGAUCUUUUAGUCUCAAGAAAAAUAUCCUUUCUGUUUUGCUAGAGAUCUCUGGGCUGUGUUUAUCCACACUGCUUGGAAAGUCUCUUCUACCCCUUGAUUUCUCACCCAGUUUAAAACAUUUUAUUUGUGUGUGUGCGUGUGUGUGUUCGCAUCUAUUUUCACUGCAUCUGCUUGUCAUCUUGAAGUGAUGGGCUCAGAGGGAGACCCCCCCGAGCAGCUGUAAGUAAUAAUGAGGCGCUUGAUUUCAAACCACAUUUGCCAUCUGGAAGCCCUUCGACUCUCCCAGCUUUUCAAGUGACGAAGAGGAAAAAGCCAAAAGAGGACGGAGCCCGCGAUGGCAGAGAAGUGCGACUGUAUCGCCAGCAUGUACGGGUAUGACCUGGGCUGUCGCUUCAUUAAUUUUCGCCCCUUGGGCUUCGGGGCCAAUGGGCUGGUGCUGUCAGCCCUCGACAGCAAGAGCUGCCGCAAAGUGGCGGUGAAAAAGAUCACCAUCAGCGACGCGCGGAGCAUGAAGCACGCUUUCCGGGAGAUCAAAAUCAUCCGCCGCCUGGACCACGAUAACAUCGUGAAGGUGUACGAGGUGUUGGGGCCGAAGGGGACCAACCUGCGCGGGGAUUUUUUCAAGUUUAACAUGGUGUACAUCGUCCAGGAGUACAUGGAGACGGACCUGGCGCGGCUGCUGGAGCAGGGGAAGCUUGCCGAGGAGCACGCCAAGCUCUUCAUGUACCAGCUGCUGCGGGGGCUGAAGUACAUCCACUCGGCCAACGUCCUCCACCGUGAUCUCAAGCCGGCCAAUAUUUUCAUCAGCACAGAGGACCUGGUGCUGAAGAUCGGCGACUUUGGGCUGGCCAGAAUCGUGGAUCAGCAUUACUCGCACAAGGGUUACCUUUCCGAAGGCUUAGUAACAAAAUGGUAUCGCUCCCCCCGCCUCCUCCUCUCGCCAAACAACUACACCAAAGCCAUCGAUAUGUGGGCGGCCGGCUGCAUCCUGGCCGAGAUGCUGACGGGAAGGAUGCUCUUCGCUGGGGGUCACGAGCUGGAACAGAUGCAGCUUAUUCUGGAGACAAUCCCCGUUAUCCACGAGGAAGACAAAGAGGAGUUGCUCAAAGUGAUGCCCACGUUCAUCAACAGCACCUGGGAAGUGAGGAAGCCGCUGCGCAAGCUGCUCCCCGAAGUGGACAGUGAAGCUAUUGAUUUUCUGGAGAAAAUACUGACGUUUAACCCUAUGGAUCGAUUAACGGCUGAGAUGGGUCUGCAGCAUCCUUACAUGAGUCCGUAUUCCUGCCCCGAGGAUGAACCAGUGUCUCAGCAUCCGUUCCGGAUUGAGGAUGAGAUUGAUGAUAUUUUACUGAUGGAAGCCAACCAGAGCCAGAUGUCUAACUGGGACAGGUAUCACGUAAGCCUCUCCUCUGAUUUGGAAUGGAGACACGAUAAAUACCAUGACAUGGAUGAGGUUCAGCGGGACCCCCGGGCCGGGUCUGAAUCCAUCGCUGAAGAAGCACAAGUUGAUCCGCGGAAAUACUCACAAAGCAGCUCGGAGAGGUUCUUGGAGCUAUCCCACUCAUCCAUGGACCGAGUAUUUGAUGCCGAUUGUGGGAAAUCGUGUGAUUAUAAAGUGGGGUCACCUUCCUACUUGGACAAAUUGCUGUGGAGAGACAAUAAGCCCCAUCAUUACUCAGAGCCCAAGCUAAUUUUAGAUUUAUCCCACUGGAAAAGAGCAACCAUAGCACCCGCAGCUGAGCUAUCGCUGGAAGAAGAACCAUCCAACCUCUUUCUGGAGAUUGCUCAGUGGGUGAAGAGCACGCAGGUGGGUCUCGAGUGUCCCAGUCCUCUUCCGGAGAUUCAGGAACGGAGCCUGCCAUCUUCUCCUCACCAUCUCCACAAAGAACCCACAGAGGUGAACAGUGAAACAGACCCUGAGUUUGACUUGGACGUCUUCAUCUCCAGGGCGCUGAAACUUUGCACAAAACCCGAGGAUCUUCCAGACAACAAGCUCAAUGACAUCAAUGGGGCCUGCAUAUCUGAGCACCCCGGUGAGAUUGUACAAACAGAGGUGUACCAGAAAGAGCGAUGGUGAGGAACCCGCACCCAGGAAACCCCGCUGUAUCUCCCUGUUCCUCUCUGAUGGUGUGGCCAUUGCCCGGGGCUGAGUGGCUUCCGUCUGUCACUGAGCGUCCCUUUUUUACACUGUACCGAACGCCUUUUUCUGAAAAGGCAAGCACAAACCACAUGCCCCUUUUGAUGCCUUAGAAAUACCUUUAAGGGAAUCAAGAGGUGUGAAUGAAAUACCGAGUUUCUUACACUGCCUUAACACUCUUGCCUUGCAAUCUCUGGGACCUGUUUGAAACUUAAAUGUACAAGGGAAAGAUGACAGUACAUGAUAAGUUUACAAACAGAAGUCACAUCAACUUCUUUUCCUUUCUUUUUCUAUAGCAUCUUACAAUGACGAGAACAAAAUCAGCAUUUUCAUUAUGGUCAGAUACCCUCCUGGUUUGACGGGUUCCCAAAAUGCCAAACUUUGAGCUCCUCUGAGGCACCCGUGUGAGGACAGGAGGUACGGAGAGAAGCGAUGCCAAGUAGUGUCCGCGGUCAGCCGUCAGUCAGCAGAGAAUGGAACUAGAGGUAGAGUUUGGCCAUCAGACAGAAAAUAACUCUUCAAGAAUGUUAAUGGGGAAGGAAUUUGACCUACAAAAUAUGGGCCACUUGGGAUUUUAUUUUGUUUUUUCUGAUUGGAAGACAAAAUUUUUGCUAAGCGCAUUCUCCUCGUUUGGUUUCUCGCACAUCAGUUCUCCCUUCUGUUGUACGGGGUAGGUCUGAGCUCUCCGAGUACUUAGGAGGCCCCGUAUGAUGCAUUUCCGUGUAACAACCUGGUGCUGCGAGUCCUGUCUCAGGCAGCUGCCCAGCAGACCAGCAAAUUCUGGUGGUGAGGGCUGGACAGGAGUCGAGAGCUAGAAACAGGGUGUCUCACGGUGCGGUGCUGCCUGGCACCACCAGCUACCCAGACUCAGCAAGGGCACCCACCUUUGCUAGUAAAAAAAGGAACGAACAUACUACUAUUUUCCCUUCUGACAAAGGUGGUGUGAAGAAAACAACAGCUCCUGUGGCAUUAGAUCCGUAACUGGCCACUUUGCUUCCAGCUUCUUUGGAAGAUGCUGGUGUCAGCAGGCAACCGAGCGCGGUUUGUAAAUAGACACAAACACAACUGAUCUACUGUAACUUCUGUUUUCAUCCACGCUCCUGAGCACCUUAACAAUUAAUCAGCUAACAAGAGUUUGUAUACGGAAGAAACGUUCUAUACUUCUAUUUAAUCAAACUCAGCAGUUUUUUUAAAUGGAAAACCUGUAAAUGGUGUCAUAAAAGCCAAUCUCCGCUUUCCUUGCCAUCGUGUCACUCUCCAGCACGGCGGCACUACUUUCAUUUGUAAAAGAGAAACUGCUAUACUUAGUAACUCCAAGGUCCAUAUUUAACUAUUGUUCCUAUACGACUUAUUUCUACCCUUUUAACAAGCAAUCUACUAAAUGUUCUGAGAUGUGAAGAAAACUCACGUGAGACUCGGAUGAUAACUAACAGCAGCAUUUGCUGUACUAACCCUGGUUUCUGUUCUUGGUGGAUCGGGUUUAGCUGUAGGAGAGCUUGCGCAAGGCAUUGACGAGCCCCAAAACUUGUUCUUAUCGUGCAGGUCUCUCCUUAGGCUGAUGGAAAUGCCGUUACUCCAGCUGAUAAGCAGCAUAGGUGUGAAGGCUGCCGGCUGCAUGGAUGGGAUGGGGUGGGAGUCCCGGGGCAGGGGUGGAGAAGGCAUCUGGAAGGUAAAGCCUUUGGGCUCUGGUCUUUGCUUUCGGGCGUUUGGAUGUCCCCCACGGUGGUUUAGAAAGGGGCAACAAGGGAGAAACAGAGGGUUGGUUUCCAGCGUGUUGCAGAUUAUCGAUAUACCUCAGCUAAAGCUCAGCACUUUUACUCGCGGUGGGAGAAAUUCAGACGCCGAAGGAGCGGCCGCCCCUGCAGCGGAGCGGAUCCGAAUCUGGCCCCGGCAGCCCACGACUCACCGCCCGCCGUCCCGCUCAGCUUCGCCGUGUGCCCGGCAGCGGCCAGCAAAGGCUGGGAACGGGACUGCCGGCGCUCGAGUGAGUGCGUGCCCAGAGAGGAGGAGGAGGCGGCAGCGGCCACAGUUGUGCCCUGUCGCUCCAUGGUGCCGCCCUGGGAGGAGCGGAUAACGCCCAGCCUCUGAUGGGAGACGCGCAAACGCUGCAGCCGGAGGCAUCAGCUGAAAAUUAGAUGUUUGGGAGCCGAUGGAGUUUAAACCUGAAGCAUAAGAUCAGCAACGCGAGAGCUGACUUUUAAAACUCUCUUCUGGCAGAUUCAGCAACUAUUUGCUACCGCUGGGUUAAACACGGAGACGCGCUGACGUGUGAAAUCAGCAGCGAUCAAAGCACGCCAGCAUUUUCCUCGGCGGACAUCAGUCGCCACGUCCUCUGAAACCAGAAGCCAUUUUCCAUGGGUUGUUACAUUCAGCCUGAACGUCUUCACCGGAGGCGUACGGGACUAUUUAUUAUGGCCAUGAAAGUAACAGUUUUGUUUUUGAAUAUUAUCUUCUAAGGAGGAGUGGGAGCUUGGGGGCCCACAGUUAAAGUCUAAUAUUAACUUCCACAAGAAGCAAACGGGGCUUAUUGCUGCUGCUCCGGAUUUUCCAUCUCGGUUCGUGAGCUGUUAUUUAACGUUGUUCCAAAAGCUCGGCGUCACGUGCUGGGAAAGGAGGGGAACGAGAGGGGUGGCUUUAAUUUGUUAGCUGAGGGUCCUCAGCCGAUCACAAGCCAGAUUUAUUUCUCAUCUACAACA